AGUCAUGAGAAACAUCCCACAUUCCCACCAAACAUAAAUUUGUCCAGAAAUAACCCAUGAAAACCAGAUAACGAUUUCAACUCAAUCCAAUCCCCCCUCAACCCAAUCGGCCAAUCCCAAACUCCAAAUCAAUCAAAGUGGCAAUCUUGACAAUAGAAUACAGACCAACAACAAAAGUCCAGGUUUGGAUAGAAGGAAAGAGAGGAGGAAGGUCACAUAGUUUUGGAGGGACACCCAAAUCUGGCAAACCUUGGGGGACUGAGGCCUCGUUUGCCGCUGAAGCAACCCAACAAUAUAUACGACGACGACGAGGAGUGUCGGCCUUGGCGUCGUAGGAUCUCUAUGGCUCUCUCUUGGGGCUCUGCGCUGAGGAUCACACUCCUCCUCCUCCUUCUUGCCGCCGUCGCCACCGCUUGUUUUACUCUCCCUGUUGAAAAGCUUUUGAAGGACUUCUUAUUAUGGGUUGAUCAAGAUCUUGGCCCUUGGGGUCCACUUGUGCUGGCUGUUGCAUACAUUCCUUUAACGGUCUUGGCAGUACCCGCUUCAGUACUUACUCUUGGUGGUGGUUAUCUUUUUGGCCUGCCCGUUGGCUUUGUUGCCGACUCAAUUGGUGCCACUGUAGGGGCAGGGGCUGCAUUCCUUCUUGGCAGAACUAUUGGGAGAUCAUUCGUCAUUUCCAGGUUGAAGGAUUAUCCUCAGUUUCGUGCAGUUGCGAUUGCAAUCCAAAAAUCUGGAUUUAAGAUUGUUUUGCUGCUUCGUCUUGUUCCCUUACUUCCAUUCAACAUGUUAAAUUACCUCCUGUCGGUGACCCCUGUUCCAAUUGGAGAAUAUUUGCUUGCUUCAUGGCUAGGGAUGAUGCCGAUAACAUUUGCGCUGGUAUAUGUUGGAACAACCCUCAAGGAUCUUUCUGAUGUGACCCAUGGUUGGGGUGAAUUUUCAAGGACCCGUUGGGCUGUCAUCAUACUGGGCCUUCUUGUCUCUGUGAUCUUAAUGUAUCUUGUUACAAGAGUUGCCAAGGCUGCUUUGGAAAAAGCUUUGGCUGAAAAUGAGGAUCUUGAUAUUAUAGCGCCACCGGAGUUACCUGUUUCUGAUACACCUAGUCAUCUCGACCAGCCACUUUUAAUCAAGAUAGAUCCCGUUGACAACUGUCAUGAAAAAUGAAAUCCAUUUUCUCUGUAAAUUCUUUAACCUUCUUUCACCGUGCUAUUCCUAAUUUAUACUCCAAGAUGUGAUACUUUUUAUUUGACUUGUACAACAGUAUCCCCAUCUUUCUAGAUUGUAAUUUUGGACAAGCACGCUAAUAUGACCAUAAAGAUUAAGUGUUCAGUGUAGUUUGUGUUUCCAAAUUGAAACAAGAUAUAAAAAGAAAAAUCAUUUGA